AUGGAUACAACGAUUGCAUCACAAAAUCAGCUGUCUCAUGAAGAAAUAGUUGAGAUUAGGACAUCUCUUCCUCAAGAUCAAGAUGUUACGUACAAGUUUAAUGUGACCGUAUCGGUGGACUCUUCCACCAUAGAAGAAGAAACAGUGCUACUGUUGCAAAAUUCUAUCUCAUUCUCGGAAGAAAUUGAAAGGAGAAAUAGGCACUUCAAAUUGUACGUGGCUACAUUGAAUGGUGAUUGGAACACUGCCGAAAGAAUUUAUGAGGAAGAUAAUAUUGAUGCACAAGUUAAGCUAUCAAAGGAUGGGAACACCGCUCUACAUGUUGCAGCUGCAGCAAGGCACACUGGUUUUGUGAAAAAGCUGCUUGAAAAAAUGAAUAAAGAGGAUUUAGCCGUAAAAAACAAUGCUGGCAAUACGGCCUUUUUUCUUGCAGCUGCGUCCAAAAGGGUUGAAAUUGUCAAGGAUAUGAUGGAGAAGAACAAAGACAUAGUAAAGAUUAGAGGAGACAAUAGUAUGUUACCGCUUCACAAGGCAGCUCUAGUGGGAGACAGAGACAUGGUGGAGUACCUUUAUGAAGCCACGGGAGAUGAGUUGUUAGAUAGUAAUGAUCGCUUCGAAUUGCUUGUCAAUCUGAUAAACCAUGGUUUGUAUGCUAGUGGUCAAGAGAUUCCCGAGUCAGCUUUUGAACUAGUCGAAUGUCUUUGGAAACAAGUUAUGCUUCUGGAUGACUCCCGGAUUUUGGAAAUUAUUAGAAAACCCCGGUCUCUAAUAUUCGAGGCUACAAAACAAGGAAACCUUCGGUUCCUAAACAUAAUUUUCUGCACAUAUCCUGACCUAAUGUUUGAAGUUAACGAAAAUCUUUACACCAUACUUCAUUUUGCUGUUAUGUAUCGUCGCCGUGGAAUUUUCAGCAUGGUGUGUGGCAUCGAUCAAUUUAAGGAUUUGGUAGUUCGUGACACAGAUGAAGAAGGGAACAAUAUCUUGCAUUUGGCUGCAAAGUUGCCACCAGUAGAUAGACCCGAUGUUGAAUCACUUGCAUUACAUUUUAAAAUGAAAUGGGAGAUGGGGUGGUUCAAGGAAGUGAAGAGAAUUUUACAUCCAGUGGUAGCUGAAGCUAAAAAUAAUGAAGGGAAAACUCCUAGAGCUUUAUUUACUGAACAACACAAAGAGUUAAGGGAAAAAGCUGAAAAAUGGACCAAGGACAUUGCGAAUGCAUGCAUCAUGGGGUCAGCACUUAUUGCCACCGUGGUUUUCGCUGCACUUUUCACUGUACCAGGUGGCACCAAUGAAAACACAGGGACUCCACAUUUUGUUCGAAGAGCUUCCUUCGUAGUUUUUGCAAUAUCAGAUACUUUAGCAUUACUAUUGUCAUGUUUGUCCCUAGUAAUGUUCCUAGUUGUUAUCUCUUCCCCAUGUGAAGAAGCAGAUUUCUUUGCGCGGGUACCUCUUGAUUUGGCUUUGGGAUUAAGCUUUCUUCUAUCCUCCGUAAUAGCAAUGAUGGUAAUGUUUUCUGCAACUAUGUUCAUUGUCUUCAAAGAUGGGAUGCUAUUGAUGCCUAUUCUUUUUACGGUAACGGCUAUUUUCACAAUCUCCAUGUACGUGCAUAAAACUAGUACUGCCUCUGGAGAAGUGUUACAUUGGGUCCUUGAAAACUGGUGGCAUUAUUUACUUACUGUACAUCAAUGUAAUAUAACAAAUGAGUCGCUCAUUGUUUCUUAUUAUGAAUGUUAUAAGAAGUAA